ACGUGAUGACGGAAAAUGCACAAACACAUUGCAGCCGGGGAGGUGCAGUAGGUACGGGAUGACAGUAUUUUAGUGCACAAAAUUCCACCGUUUUUCGCUGGUAUAGAGGCUUGUCACCGAAUGCUGUCUGUUCCUAUGUCUUCCUGCCAUCCAAAGGGUUCGUUGUAUGGUCGAAAAGAACUGUAUUACUGGCUGAUUUUGGGGUGCUGCGGCCGAACCCGAAGAAAAUCCCAGUGAGUUCAUGGCCACGAAGUCCAGUGCCGAUUGAUCGCGAUCGCCUUUCCGGAUAUUGAUGUUCGAAGCAGGGCCCAUAUAUUCGUCCUAUCUGAGUUAAAGAUGUCAGCAAUUAGGAGGUCAAAAGCCAAGACAGCCCUCACUUCCUAUGGCGGAAGAUUUCCGUCGUCCACCUUUUCCAGGGCAGAGAAGUCGCGCUUCGCAGCGAAGGCCCGGCGUGACCAGGAGGGGGAGGAGAUCCAGGCGCUGGCCCAGCAGCUGCCGUUCCACAAGGAGACCAUCCAGCACCUGGACAAGGCCUCUGUCCUCAGGCUGGCCACCAGCUACCUGCGGGUGAAGCAGCAUACACGAGAAGGACAGAAACAGUUUAUGGAGGAAUUGGGAGGCUAUCGUGACAAUGAUCCAGCCUAUCAGAAUGCUAUUGCCACCCUGGAGGACAUCCAAGAAGGUGACCUCAUGUUGGAGGCGCUGAACUCCUUCCUGAUCUUCAUCACACGGAAGGGCCACAUCAUGUACGUGUCUGAGAACGUCACAAGCCAUCUGGGACUCAAUCAGGCACACAUGAUAGGAGAAAACAUUCUGCAGUUCCUCCACCCACGUGACCACAAAACCAUCAUGGAACAGAUGGUUUACAACCCUGAAGACAAGACAACGAUCGGGGCUCCUGUCCCCGACCUUACCCACUCAGACCUGCUGGCCAUGGAUGUAGAUGUGGACAGUGACAGCAUGAGUGAAUUUGAUGCUCUGAAAGAGUCGGGCCAGUCCAUCACACAAGAUCGUUCCUUCAUUGUGCGGAUGAAAUCCUGUCUGCCCAAAAGGCCUGGAAGCAAAGCUCGGUCCUUUGAUUACAUGGUUGUACAGUGGUCAGGGCGGCUGAAGCUGCGGCAGGUGGGGAACAAGUACCAGGUGGAGGGGAUGACCUGCCUGUGUAAGCCCCUGCUGCCUCUGGGCAUCGUGGAGAUCAGGAUUGAAGGAAAUAUGUUCAUGAGCCGCCACAGCCUGGACAUGAGGUUCACCUACUGUGACACCAGGAUCAUGACUCUUGUUGGCUAUGACCCUGAAGAGGUGGUAGGGAAGACAGCAUACCAGUUCCACAACCCUUUAGACGCACACAAAGUCAGCAACUGUCACCAACAUUUGAUCCAUGCUGGGCAGUCUACCAGCAAGUACUACCGCUUCAUGGGUAAGCUGGGUGACUGGAUCUGGAUGCAGACCAGAGCCACCAUUAUCUACAACACAGGCGGGGAUGCACAGUACGUGGUGUGCAUGAAUUAUGUGGUGAGUGAGAACGAAGCGAGGCGAGCCACGGUGGAGGAACAGAAGAGUCUGGAGAAGUCUGGCCACCCCACAGGCUGUACCUGCGGGGAGGCCAUGUCCCCCGUCCCGCUCUCCCCACAGAGCUCCAUCAACUCCCCAACACCAUCCAUCCCACACUCCCCAGGUUCUGCCACCCACUCUCCUGGCAGCAUGAUCAGCAUGAGUCCUGGCAGUUCUAACCUUUCCUACUCACCAGGACCAUUCUCUGUGCCACCAAGCCAGCCCCCAUCCACACCCUGUCUGCCCAGCCCAAGCAGCUCUAUGGCUGCCUCUCCGGGUAGUGCUCCCUCCCCGUCUGCCACCUGUUAUAACACAAAGACUGUGCCCGCUGUUCCACCAGUUAGCCCAGAAAGUAGUGUACAGUUCAGUCCUGGGUUUGCACAAAAGUCUGAGUCACAGAACAACAUGGCUACAGUCUCCUCCCCCACCGCUUCAGUCGACUCUCCGCAGUCUGUGUCCUCCUCCACCUCUGCUGACUCCCCCAGCAGCAUGAACAAUGCCUCGUCAUUUCAGUGUGAUGAGUCCAUGGAUGUGGACAGUGCUCCAGACUCCACCCAGGCAGACCUGGGAGGGUUCAACAAUAGCCAGCCCAUCUGGAGAAAUGACCUUGGCAACAGUACAAACAUGCAGAGGGAGGCAGACUUGCCAGGCUAUGGGAUGCAGGCUCCUAAGGUUGAAGCUGAUCUGCAGGGCAGUUUUCAGUGUGGGCAACAGAACUCCAUGGGGGUCCAGAAUGGUCAGUUUGGGAACACAAAUGGACGGGGGCUGGAGGGAAGCGAGUUCUUCCCAGAAGACGACGUAGACAUGAUAUUUGAGGACUUGUUGGACAUUGCUCAGUCUGAGUCACAAGGUGAUGAGAAAAUGGCCGCCAACAUAAACUCACCUAACGAGCCAUGCCAGCAGCCCCCAACAAACACACCAACAGACCAGAUCCUGAACAUGCUCCAGUCAGCUGCAUCACAGGCCUUUGCCUCUGGGCACGGGUCAAGCCCAGUCGUCAUCCAGAAUGUCUUCUUGUCAUCAGGUGUACAGGCUCCAAACAUGCCACACAUAGCAGGAGCUGCCACCAUGGUCAACCAGCUGGUGUCAGGUCUGACUGCCACGGCUAUGAAAGGCAGAACAAGUUACCCCACCAUCACUGACGUGCCAGACUCUAACAGCACCCUGCAACAACAGGUCAAACAGGAAGUCCCACAGGGCAUGACAGAGCUGGAAUAUAUGGUCAAAUUGGCAGAGCUGGAGCAGCAACAGGCCUUCAACAAAGUGCCUACAAGUGCACAGAAUGCAUCACCAGCUAUCAGCAGUGGUGUGAAUGUCUCCUCCAUACCCAACAUCCCCAACUCUGUUUCUGCCACUGUGCCAGAAUUCCCCAGGGUGUCGGGAGUACAGAUGCUGACACCAGACAUGGGCAAUGUUAUCAGCACCAUGGCCAACACCCACGGCAGCACCCUGACACACAGAAACAUCACCGCUGAUCAGCACACUCCAACCAGUAUGGUGAACAACUUCAGUAGCAUGUCUGGCAUCCAGCAACCAAGACUGAACUCCAGUAGUCCAGCUGUUGAUAAGGCAUCCACUCAACAGUCCUGGAGCCCUGCUGUAAAUGUGUGCAACAUGCCCACCAGCGGUCAUCAGCCUCUUAUCGUUAACCAACACCAAAACAAUGUCUCAGAAGUGUUGAAGAAUGGCUGCAGUGGUAUCAGUACAUGGGCUAGUGGACAUCCAGUCACCAUAACUUCUACCAUGUCGGCACCCUUAACAACUUCUCAGUCACCUAGAGUUGCCAGCCAGGUCUACCCGUUCUGUGACAGAAGCAGUCCCAUGCCAGCUGCUCAUGUCCCCCCUGUGCAGCAGCCCUGCAGACCAGCCAUGGCAGCAGACAAUGUUGCAGUACAUUCUCAGUCGCCAGGGUCUGACCAGCUGACGAGUAACAACACCAACGGGCACAUCAGCGAGUCUCUCAAGAGGAAGCAUGCCAAGCACCCCCUCCUCACCAGCCUGCUGACUGGCAAGAGGAGAACCCUGGAUGAGUAUCGUGGGGCUCAAGAGAACUUGGAGAAGAUGCUUGCUGACCCUGAGAAGACAAGGCUCCUUGGUCCUGGGAGAACCCAGCUGCUGUCUCAGCUGAUCCACAGUAGUAAGAAUGGCCAGCAGCUGGCACACAAAGACGGGCAGUCCUCCCCACCCCAGGGGCAGUGUGCAGGGCAACAGGGCAAGCCAGAUUCUUCUGUCACCGAGAAAAUGUCUAGGCUGGAGAUUGUGGAAGCCAGAAAGCAGUCCAAAGCAGCCAAGGCCCAGUUGCUGACAAGCAUGCUUCUCUCUGAGGACACCCCACCCAACUCCCCUGCAGCUCCUGGGCAGACCAUGGAGACUGGGGGGAAGUUCCAUGAUGAACCUGUGGAUCUGACGGACACCAUAGAUCUGGACCCACUGUCUCCCUUUACACAGGAGAUCACCGACAUGGCAGCAUGCCUGUUGGAAGAGUAUGAUGGUAACCAGGAGCCUACCGUCAACACCAGCACUGACUCCAACUUCCUGCCAGGAAUGCUCAGUGCCACUGACAGUAUCGAUCAAACCAUGUUGUACAUAGACACUGCCAAGCAGCAGCCAUUGGAGGAAGUGGUCCCUGGUCAGAGGAAGAACUUUGAGUCUGAGUUAGAUCAUGCCCAGAGAUUAGCAGAGGAGUCUCAGCUCAAGAAUCUCCUGAAGCAGUCAUUCCACCAGGCCUUCCUGGACAUGGAGACAACUCAUGCAUGAAGUCAGUGAUGUAUGAUUGUAUAUACUGUGCAGCUACUAGUGGGCUUUGAUGUGUCAGCACACCACAUGAACACUACUGCACCAUCCUUUUGUACUGCAGAAACUUUUUGUACCAGUUGUACAGUGAUCUUGAGCUUAGCGUCAGAUCGUCUUUGUCAUCUGCAUGUUCUGUUAUCAUCCAUCAAUGUCAUCAAGUUAUUAGGGACACCUGUACUCUCACCAGUGUGAAGAAAAAAAAUUCAAUUGGCAAAGAAAGCUGCAUGUAGGGAAUGGUGAUUGAUGCAGUGAAGCUCACGAUCGGAAAAUGUUGCAGGAGUAGGCACAAAGUGCCUACAGAAUUGUGGAAGUAAAAAAACAAAAGUUUAAUGUUUGUAUGAUUGAAGUCAGCACAGAAGAGUACAAAGUACUGGAGAAAUGCGUGCUGGAAGUUUUCUAUGAAGCAUGCUAUGUAAAGUGUUGUCAUUGUGUAUGAACCGAUGUAUAAAGUUAAAGUACCAGUCCAGUCCUAUGCUGAAUCGCAGAUAUAGGUGGCCCGUCAAAACUUGGAUUUUGGCAUGUACAAAUUUUGAAAGUGUGGUCCCCUUUUUGAUAAGAAGAUUCAAAGUGAGAUGUUGGUUAGUAGAACUCAUUCCGUGCAGCAUCCCCUUAGAUUCAUACAUUUACUCCAGACCUGGCCAAAAUGUGAUUCUUCUUCACUGUAUUGUUAUUAGUUCCAUAGAUUAAUCAGUAGAAAUGAAAUUGAUUACUUCUUUGUGACUUUAACACACAUGAUCAUAAAAGUAAAAUGUCAGACAUCCUCAUACUUCUCCUUAACAUGUAUGUUUUGAGACCAUUUUGAUCCCCUGAGCAGUUCAUCAAAAGAGAUUUCCACACUCCACAGUUCUGGGGAAGGGCAGUUGUUUGUUGACGCUAACAAUGUUUCCCUUGUCCCAGCAGUACAUGUACACCGUGGUCAUGGUUUGGCAACAUGGUAGAUGGUAUCAGACAUAACCAUCCCAGGUUUAGUGUUCAAUACUAACUAAGCCUAACCCCAGACUAAUGUCACAAGAUCGUUGUUCAAUGUAGACAAGUGUUUGUCAACACUUAAUGGGGAAAUAACUACUGUAACAGCUCUUUAGAUGUUUGUGGACUUGAACAGUGAUAGAUUUCUUACCAUGUCUUUUCUACUUGUGGUCAACAUGCAUUAUUUUGAUCUACAAUGUACCUUGAGUCUGAAUUGGGACAGAUGUUUUGUAGUCUUGUACAUACUGUUAACCUUUAUUUUAGACAUAGUGGUGUAUAUUUUCCUGUCAUACAAGACAAGCUAACUUGGGAUGUGGUUGGGGGCCAGGGUAGCUAUAAUGAUUGUACUUAAAUGUGAUAAUGUUGUGAGAAGUAGGAGUAAACUGUGAAAGUGGCUUUCAUAGAGAUAACAGUAAGAGUAGGGCUAAGAUGUGUUUGCUUUUUAAAAGCUUGUACAUUGCAUUUGGUUUGAUGCUUUAAUGAUUGUGAUAAAUGACACCCAUAAAUUUGUUCAAGUGAGACACAGUGUAGCAAUGUGCUUUUCCCACUGUCAUCACAUCAGAUUUUGUACUGGUAGGGGAGGAAAUCCUGAUUCAUGGCAAUUAUGCUCAACAAAAAGCAUCUUUAUUCUUCUUAAUCAUGGCAACAAAAUUGACAUUGAAAGAAAGCUGGAAGCUGGAAUUUAUGCAUGACUCAUGUUCCCACUUUUACACACUUUUUUUUUUGCUUAUUUACAAUAGCAAUCUCAACAAGCACUGUAAAAUGAUGCUUGUCCCGUUAGGUUGUUGUUGUUAUCAUGCACAAGUGCAGUUUGUUUGGACAGCAGAAAAAGUCACAACUUUUCAUUUUGUCUAGACAGCCUACACAGAAUGUAGCAGUCAUGAGCCUGGCUCUAUCCACAGACAUGUGGACAGUUUCCUUUGUGUACUGGAUGUUUUCUUGGCUCGAUAAGUUCUCAUAAGAAAUGCCAAAGACUAUAAAAUAAUGCAACCAUUGCAGCUUGAUGAAGUUCAGGCUAUUUCUGUGAUGAUGUUCUAUCAGAUUGAAGGGUGAAGAACAAGCAAUGUGAAAAUAGUUGUAUGCACGUGUAUUAUGUGAUGAUGGUACAUAACCAGUCUUAAUUGACAGACAAAUGGCAUGUAUUUGUUCAGGCCAUACCAAUCCAUUUACUUGUGUCAGACUCUGUCGUUGGAUGAUAGAGAAAUGGAAAAGAUUUCUGACAGACUAGUACAUGUAAUUACCAUGUUAUAAAAUAACAAAAGAGGAGAGUUUACAUGACUUGUUAAAUCUCAUGUAGUACAACUCCAAAGAAAGAAAGACAAUAACUUUUCUGCUUUUUGUGUGGAUUUUAAAAAGUUUUAGCAAGAAAGCUGAGAAAAUAGCAAGUAGAAUGGUCUGGCCUUGACAACUACAUUGCACAUGUACAACAUGUAUGAUGGAUUUCAAUAGAAUAUGCCUUUGAAAGGCAUGCCUGUUUUUAGCCAAUUAGUGAAGAAGUUUUAUGGGGUUAUGAUACAAUGUACCAGGUAACCUUCAAUGAAAUUUGAUGAACUUAUUUUGUCUGAGUUAUAGUACAUGAAAGUUAUAUGGCGGGAUGAAAUAAUAAGAUAGGUUUUAUGUUUUAUACAAAAUAAGUAUUUAUUGUUGAAUAACUGUCAAUACCAGACCCCUUAAAACUCCUUCCAGCUCACAUUGUACCUUUGAUCAGGUGAUUUAUUUGAAGUUAAUUAUAGAUACCUCAAUUUUGACAUGAGUGAGAAAUAUUUUUGUACAGGAAUUGAGUAAUUUCUGUUGCACCUGGAAAGGUAACGUGUAAUUAUGUAUAAUGUAUUCCUGCUCUCUCAAGCAGCACACACCCUUCAUAAUGUCUGAGACAACUGUCCUUUUGUAGCAGAUGGUGAAUAAAGUGUUGAUGGCUUAAA